AUGUUCAGGAACAACUAUGACAACGAUUCUGUCACCUUCUCUCCUCAAGGUCGGAUAUUUCAAGUUGAGUAUGCACAAGAAGCUGUAAAGCAAGGUUCAGUGGUAGUUGGUCUUGUUAGCAAAACGCACGCAGUCCUUGUCGCUCUGAAGAGAAAUGCAGAAGAGCUGUCCUCAUACCAGAAGAAAGUCAUCGCUAUUGACGACCACCUCGGUCUCUCCCUUGCCGGCCUAGCCUCCGAUGCGAGGGUACUUUCCAACUUCAUGAAGCAACAAUCACUGGCAUCAAAGAUGACCUACGGUCGCCCUAUACCAGUUGAGCGCAUAGUAGGUAUGAUUGGCGAUCGAGCACAGACGAACACGCAGCAAUAUGGUAGAAGACCUUACGGUGUCGGACUGUUAGUGGCCGGGAUUGAUGAGCUGGGACCACAUCUGUUUGAGUUCCAGCCUUCAGGGAUGACGCAAGAAAUGCUAGCCUGCGCAAUCGGAGCACGAAGUCAAAUGGCCAGAACGUAUCUAGAGCGACAUCUGGACGAAUUCGCAAACUGUGACCGAGAUGAGCUGCUGAAACAUGGCCUAAGAGCGCUGAAGGAGAGUUUAGCCCAGGACAAGGAGCUGACGGUCGACAAUACAAGCGUUGGAGUCGUUGGCUCGACGUCAACAGAUGGCAAGAAGAAGCUGGAGAACUUUAAACUCUAUGAUGGUCAAGAGAUCGCGCCUCUAUUGGAAGCCAGCUUAGAAACCACCGGCACAACAGAAGGAGAAACUGCGGGAGAUGCCAUGGAGACUGACUCAUGA